UCUUGAUUGAAAUUUAAUAUAUUAUAAAGCUGCAUCCAAAAUGAAUAUGCUAGAGAGUAUGCUGGUGUUGUUGAGGAUCACCCAUUCAACUGUCAUGACACUCAAAAGUUUCCAAGACCAAGAAGAGAUGAAUACCAUGAAGGAAAGUAUUAAGAUAAAGCAGUUGAUUGUUAAGCUGGUUUGCACAAUAUUUAAAUGGAUAAAAUGGAUCUGCUCCAAGCCAGAAUAUCUCCUAGACUUCAGCAUAAUAACGUUUUGGGGAUCCAGAUUAGUGGACCUGGUGUUCUAAGAAGCUCUCCUCAUUCAUUUAGUAUCUAAUGCCACCAAGGUAUCUUUCUUCUUGGUGGGGC